AUGACUGUAACCGUCAGAUUGAUGAAAUCCGGAGGUCCAAUGGUUCCGUCAUGGAGGAUCAAGGAGAAGGAGUCGGGACGCCCAACCAGAGAGUUAACGGCAGAUAAGGGUAUUUGCGAAACUUACACCAACACGACCAGAGGUGCCUGCCUGUGGAUCGGCGAUAAUCCCAGGACGCCUACGCCAAAAGGCUUAACUCCAGGUUGGCUUACCGACGAUGACAAGAGUAACUGCGGCAAGCAAUUUAUCAUCAAACAAGGGAAGAAGCACGUUAGGGGAAAGAUCGUUGAUGGUUGUGGCUUCGCGGAGGACGGCCCCCCGGUCACUACUGCACAAGGUUGCUCCGCGAUUUACGUCACCAAAGUGCUGUACACGGAACUCGGUGGAAAUGUAGACGACAAGAAUGAUCCCGGUAAGGUUGAGAUUGAAGCCUGGGACUUAUUUUGA